AUAACUUCCGCUGCAGCCGGCUGCGGCCGCGUCCUGCUCCCGUCGGGAAUUCUGGGAAGCGUAGUCCAGACGGGCUCUGCAGGCAGAGGCGCUUCCGGCCCAGGUAUGCGCGGCCGCGGCCUUAGCUGCUCUCAGAAAGGGAUGAAGGGGAAAAAAUGUCACAUCUGUGCUGAAAGAAGUGCUAAAGGAAGUUCUUUAGGCUGAACAGAAAUGAUACCACAUGGAAGCUGAGAAUUUCAGAAAUGAAGAAGGAGCACCAGAAAUAGUAAGGUCUCUGCCUUUCCCUAAAAAAAGGAGGAGAAAAUGACCAAAUUCCAGGAAAUGGUGACGUUCAAGGACGUUGCUGUGGUCUUCAGUGAGGAGGAGCUGGGGCUGCUGGACUGUGCUCAGAGGAAGCUGUACCGAGAUGUGAUGCUGGAGAACUUCAGGAACCUGCUCUCAGUGGCACAUCAGCCCUUCAAACCAGACCUGAUAGCCCAGUUGGAGAGAGAAGAAAAGCUUUUAAUAGUGGAGGCAAAAAUCCAAAGAGAUGGAUAUUCAGGAAGCAUCAGUCAACCCAAGACAGAGAAUGUUCAAGAAGUGGGAUUAAGCUACUUUUCCCCCAAAGAGCUUUCUUCCUGUCAGACUUGGCAAGAAGGUGCAGGCAGGUUAACCAGGGAUCAGGAUUCUAUGAAAAACUUUCAGGACAAGAAUUUCCAGUUGCAAAAACAAGGUGAUCUUCUCUACCAGAUUUGGACAGAAAUGCCAAUUCAGAUUUCUGAAGAUGGGAACUACAUAUUGACUCGUCAUGUAGGGCAUGAUUCAAAUUAUGUAAAAAAUCAAGAAUUUCCAUCUUGGAGAGACCAGCAGUAUUGGAGGAAAAUGUAUCUGACAGAGUCACAUAAUUAUCAGUGUAAAUGUCAACUAAUUUCCACAAGAAAUAAUUCCUGUAGGUGUGACAGUGUCAGAUGGAUCUCACAUCACAAUGAUAAUCUGAAAGUACACAGAAGUGGAAAAGGUGGCAGUUGUCAUGACUGUGGAGAAGAUACCAUGAUGGCAUCAUUAGUUCAUCAGGACUCAGUUCAAACAGGGCAGAAGCUCUGCCCAUGUUCUGAGUAUAGAAAAGCCUUCAGCAGUGACUGCAAUUCUCAAGUUAAUCAGCAGUUUAACUUAGAAGGGAAGCCCUGCACAUAUAGUCCAUGUGGAAAAGGCUCUAGCUAUAGGUCAAUUCUUCAUCUACAUCCAAGUGUUCAGAGGGGAGAUGAAGAUGUUGGUGAGAGUUCACAUCUGCAAUCUCAUGAGAGAGAGUGUACAGAGAAACUAUGCAAAUGUGCUGGAUAUAGAAAGAAUUUUAAUAAUUUCUCUUCUAUAAACACUUUUGAACUUAACCACACAGGAGAAACAUCCGAGAGGCGCAACCUUUAUAAGAAAUCCUUCAGUUAUAGCUUAGAUCUUAAAAGCAUUUUUAGGGUCCAUACUAGGGAGGAACCCCAUGAUUAUGAGGAGAAUGGGAAUAUUUUAAACCAGAGUUCAUGUCUUCAAGCUCAUCAGAAAAUGCAACCUGCAGAGAAACUAUACACAGAUGUGAAAUAUGGGAAAGAUUCCAUUUGUAGUUCAGAGCUUAGCGUUGAACAUAGAGUUCACAUGGAAGAGCAUCCCUAUAAUUCUAAGGAAUGCAGUAAUGACUUCAGUCUGGCUUCACAUCAUCGGGACUUUCAGGUGGUCUACCCUAGGCAACAGCCGUAUAAACACCACUAUGUAUGCAGUAGCAACUUCAGUCACAACUCACAUGUUCAAGGCCAUCAGAAAAUUCACAUUGGAGAAAAACCUUAUAAGGAGUGUGGAAAUGGCUUCAACUGGAGUUCAAAACUCAAAGAUCAUCCGAGAGUCCACACUGGACAAAAGCCGUACAAAUGCAAUGUGUGUGGCAAAGCCUUCAGUCAUAGAUCCGUUCUCAAUGUUCAUCAGAGAGUCCACACAGGAGAAAAACCUUAUAAAUGUGAGGAGUGUGAUAAGGGCUUUAGUCGGAGCUCAUACCUUCAAGCCCAUCAGAGAGUCCACUCUGGAGAAAAACCAUACAAAUGUGAGGAGUGCGGGAAGGGCUUCAGUCGGAACUCCUACCUUCAAGGCCAUCAGAGAGUUCACACUGGAGAGAAGCCAUAUAAGUGUGAGGAGUGUGGGAAGGGCUUCAGUCGGAGUUCACACCUUCAAGGCCACCAGAGAGUUCACACUGGAGAAAAACCAUUCAAAUGUGAGGAGUGUGGGAAGGGGUUCAGUUGGAGUUUUAAUCUUCAAAUUCAUCAGCGGGUUCACACAGGAGAAAAACCCUACAAGUGUGGAGAAUGUGGUAAAGGCUUCAGUAAGGCCUCAACUCUUCUGGCCCACCAGAGAGUCCACACAGGAGAGAAACCAUACCAGUGUGAUGAGUGUGGGAAGAGCUUCAGUCAGAGAUCAUACCUUCAAAGUCAUCAGAGUGUCCACUCUGGAGAGAGACCAUAUAUUUGUGAGUUAUGUGGGAAGGGCUUCAGUCAGAGAGCAUAUCUACAAGGUCAUCAGAGAGUCCACACAAGAGUGAAACCAUAUAAAUGUGAGAUGUGUGGAAAGGGCUUUAGUCAGAGUUCACGCCUUGAAGCACAUCGGAGGGUCCAUACAGGAGGGAAACCAUACAAAUGCGAGAUGUGCACGAAGGGCUUUAGUGAGAGCUCACGCCUUCAAGCACAUCAGAGGAUCCAUACGGAAGGGAGACCCUACAAAUGUGAACAGUGUGGUAAAGGUUUCAUUGCUUCUGCUUCUGGGAAAUGGAGUCCAGGGACUGUGGGCGGGAGGAGGCACUUCCGCUCCCAGAAGGCGAGGUCGGUUCCGCGAUUGCUCUGGGGGAGAACUCUGCAUUUUCCCAGAAGGAAGAGGAGAACAAUGACCAAGAUCCAGGAGGCAGUAACAUUCAAGGACGUGGCUGUGGUCUUCAGUGAGGAGGAGCUGAGGCUGCUGGACUCUGCCCAGAGGAAGCUGUACCGAGAUGUGAUGCUGGAGAACUUCAGGAACCUGCUCUCAGUGGGACAUCAGUCCUUCAAACCAGAUGUGAUAUCCCAGUUGGAGCGAGAGGAAAAGCUCUGGAUGGAGGAGAUCCACACUCACCCAGGAGGCAGGAAUCAAAGCAGGGUGGAGAGUCGUCAUGAAGCAGGAUGGAAGUGCCUUUCCUUGGGAGAGCUUUCAUGCUGGCAAAUCGGGAGACAUGUUGUGAACGGAAUGACUGAAAGUCAAGACUGCGGGAUAGACAGUCAAGGGAGGUGCUGUCAGUUCCCCAAGCAGUGCGGGGUCUCCUGCCACGUGGGAGUGGGAGAGCCCGUCCAGGAAGCUCGGGAGGAUGGCUCUCUUGUGAAUCUCCUUGGGGAUCAUCCCAUUAUUGAAAACCAGGGGUUUCCAACUGGAAGAGCGCAGAGUUCUUGGAGUGAACUGUGUUGCAGUGAGACACAGAACCAUCAGAAAAGUUGUAAACAGAUGAAAAACAGACUGUGUCUGUUUGCCCCCCAUGUUGACGUUUUCAGUUGCAGUUCACACCGCCACAGUGAUGCGGGGCAGGACAGGGCGAAGGCUUCCCCUCUGACUGAGCAUAGCCUUCACCCAGGGCGGAAAACUCAGCAGACGGCUGGACAUGAGGAAGCCUCCGGGCACAGUCCCAGUCCUGGGCGUCAGCAGGUCCUCUUUGGAAAGAAGCCUCUGGCACGGAGCGUUCAUGGGGCCGAGCCCUCGGGUGUUCCUGCACUGCAGACCGUCCACACGGGAAAGAAGCGCUACUGGUGUCAGGAGUGUGGCAAGGGUUUCAGCCAGAGCUCCAACCUGCAGACCCAUCAGCGGGUCCACACUGGGGAGAAGCCCUACACCUGCCCCGAGUGUGGCAAGAGCUUUAACCAGAGCUCACACCUGUACGCCCACUUGCCUACCCACACGGGAGAGAAGCCCUACCGGUGUGAGAGCUGCGGGAAGGGCUUCAGCCGCAGCACGGACCUCAACAUCCACUGCCGCGUCCACACCGGGGAGAAGCCGUACAAGUGUGAGGUGUGCGGGAAGGGCUUCACCCAGAGGUCCCACCUCCAGGCCCACGAGAGGAUCCACACAGGGGAGAAGCCAUAUAAAUGCGGGGACUGCGGGAAGCGCUUCAGCUGUAGCUCCAACCUUCACACCCACCAGCGGGUGCACACGGAGGAAAAGCCGUACAGGUGCGAGCAGUGCGGCAAGUGCUUCAGCCUGAGCUUCAACCUCCACAGCCAUCAGCGCGUCCACACCGGGGAGAAGCCGUACAAAUGCGACGAGUGCGGCAAGGGCUUCAGCUCGGCCUCAAGUUUCCAGAGCCACCAGAGGGUCCACACAGGGGAGAAGCCAUUCCGCUGCAACGUGUGUGGGAAGGGCUUCAGCCAGAGCUCGUAUUUCCAGGCCCACCAGCGGGUGCACACUGGAGAGAAGCCGUACAAGUGCGAGGUGUGUGGGAAGCGCUUCAACUGGAGCCUGAACCUGCACAAUCAUCAGCGCGUCCACACCGGGGAGAAGCCCUAUAAGUGUGAGGAGUGUGGCAAGGGCUUCAGCCAGGCCUCCAACCUUCAGGCCCACCAGAGCGUGCACACUGGGGAAAAGCCCUUCAAGUGCGUGGCGUGCCAGAAGCGGUUCAGCCAGGCCUCGCACCUGCAGGCCCACCAGAGAGUCCACACCGGAGAGAAGCCCUACAAAUGCGACACCUGCGGCAAGGCCUUCAGCCAGAGGUCAAACCUCCAAGUCCACCAGAUAAUCCACACCGGGGAGAAGCCCUUUAAGUGCGAGGAGUGCGGGAAGGAGUUCAGCUGGAGCGCGGGGCUCAGCGCCCACCAGAGGGUGCACACGGGAGAGAAGCCCUACACCUGCCAGCAGUGCGGGAAGGGCUUCAGCCAGGCCUCCCACUUCCACACGCACCAGAGGGUCCACACGGGCGAGAGGCCGUACAUCUGCCACGUCUGCUGCAAGGGCUUCAGCCAGAGGUCGCACCUUGUCUACCACCAGAGGGUCCACGCUGGAGGGAGUCUGUAGAGGAGACAAGGUGGUGUCACCCUCAGGUGGCUCCUUCAGAACAGAAGCUUCGAAGAAUCUUCACAGGAAAGCAGCUCUCUAAAAUGCCAUUUUAAGGAGUCAGGCAAUAAAUUCUUCACAAAUGUCAGAGUUCGCAGAUGAAGAAGCACUUCUAUAGAUAAGAUCAGUGUUUAAACCAGCGUUCCAAAGUGUCACCAUUUGUGACAAAGAAUCUUGAUGUUUGAUAGUCUUCUAGGAAAGAGAUUCAUGAAUGAGGACUAUGGGUAGGACUUUGAUAAAAGAAUGAUGAUUGACAAAAUUUGAUGUCAACUAAAGUGUAACUUCCACAUGGGAAGACCUUCUCCCCAGGUCUCUGCCAUGCAGAGCUGUGGUUGGCUCCAAUAGGAGAAAAAUUUAUUUGAAAAGUGAGUCCCUGUCCUAAAUUCAUACUAAUUUAUAUGCAUAAGGACUCCUAUAAGUAGCCUUAAUAAUAGUUUCCAGAAUUGUUGAAGUGCAGAGCGUUAUUCAAUAUCACCAUCCACAGGACACAUGUAGACAAGCCUCGCGACUGCCCCCUCCGACACCCAGCCUAUUCUUUGUUCAGUGUGUCAGUUUUGUACAGUAUAAAUUUUAGUGACAUUUGUAUUUUAUAGACUAAAAAAUGCUUUUAAUUUAAUCUAACAAGACAUGACAAUUUACAUGAUUGGAAGUGUGGGGCACUAAUUUAUCAAGGUAGAGCUUGACUCUUAACUCCUUGAGUAGUAGUUACUGAUGACAAAAAGUUUCUAAGUAAACUUGAGUUUUUAAUUGG